ACGUUCACAACAUCUUGGUUGAACCAUGAGUCUUGCAAUUCAUGAACUGCUGACUUGCUGUCAUCAGCUUGGAAGUGACAAAGCUAUGGAAAGAAAGAAAGAAAUUGAGAAGUUCAAGCGUCUUAUCUGUGAUCCGGAAACAGUUCAGCAGCUGGAUCGUAAUUCUGAUUCCAAACUUGGAAAACAGAUGAACUGGGAUGCUGUAUUCAGGCUUUUGCAGAAAUAUAUUCAAAAAGAGGCUGAGAGUAUCAAACUAUCAAAACCAACUACCUCUGCAUCAACCCAAGCAACAAGAGAGAAAAAGAUGAAACAGAUCAGUAGUGAGCCCCCAGAAUAAAAUGUCAAGAGCUUCUGGAUUAUGUAAUUGAAACAAUAAAUGAGUCAUCAAGAUAUGCUAUUUAUGGGGCCGAUUGUAAUAGCAUAUUACUUAAGGACGUUCUCAAAGUGAGGAAAUAUUGGUGUGAAAUAUCUCCACAACAGUGGUCAGAUCUUCAAAAUCUGUACUUUAAAUUAUUUCUCAAUCCUUCUGGAGAUGUUAACAAAGUUUUGGUGGCUAGAAUAAUCUAUACAUUAACUAGAGGCCUCUGUUUCCAAACUAACAAGUUCAAUUCAGAUAUUUUGAACGUCUUCUCAAAAGCUGUACAUCGUGCAAGGCAAGAAAGAAACCUUGCAGGCCUCGAACACAUGUUUGCAGCCAUUAAUGUGUUUCUCCCCAUUUAUGCAAUGAAUUACCGCAUGCAUGUUUGCAAAACAGGAGAGGAAAUUCUAUCAACUGUGCUUUUUAUAUGGGCUCAGUACAAACCAAAAGAUGCUUUGAAGAAGCAGAUCAUUCAAUUUGUUCAGUUUCAGAUUUGUGUUCAUCAUCCAAAUGGAGCUAAAACUCAGGAAGAAGGAGCAUACAGCUCAACAAAAUGGCAACAUACUUUAUACAACCUAUAUGAUCUGUUAGCUAAUGAGAUAACUCUUAUUAGCAACCGAGGAAAAUAUUCUUCAGGCUCUCACAGUAUUGUUCUAAAGGACAACCUGGUUGAGUUAAUGGCUGAUUCUUGUCACCAGGUGUUUACUGAAGGCACCAAAGUCUUAGAGGUAACCCAGUCAUAUGGAGUUACUCAGCAAGAAGAUGGAAGUGGAGAAGGGCCAUCCAAACGUAGAAGAAUUGAAUUAGGAUGGGAAGUGAUUCAAGAACACUUGCAAAAAUCGCAGAAUAAUUUUGAUGUCAUACCCUGGCUGCAGAUUACCACCAGAUUAGUAUCCAAGUACCCAAGGAGCCUUCCUGACAAUGAGCUGACUAAUUUACUUAAUAUACUUUACCAAUUAUUACUUCAGCAACGUCGAGGAGAACGGACCCCUUAUGUAUUAAGAUGUCUUAAAGAGGUUGCUCUGUGUCAAAGCCAAAAAACAGACCUCAGUAUCACACAGAAGUUUGAACUGCAGCGAACAUGGUCCAGAAUUUGGUCUUUGGUAGAUCGAAGUCUAAACCUUCGACAAUCUGAAAUGGAAAGCUUUGAAUUGCUUGGAGUCCUAUUUCAAAGAAAUUUAAUAACAAUGGACAAGGAAAUUUGGAGGAUAUUUGCAGGUUCUGUAUGCAAGCCAUCAAGUUUUGCUGUACAGUGUUUAGCAUCAGCAAUGACAGCUUUGGAAAUACCAGAAACUUUGAAAACUGGACCAUUUCAGAAUGAUUGGGAAGGAAACGCAACUUGUACACUGAAAGAACGAAUUGUAAAAUGGCUUCUCCUUGUGGAAGAAGUUAUGGAAGACAGCAUGGAACUCCCUCCAGUUUUGUGCAGUGACUUUCCUAAUCUGGAAUUACAGAAAAUCCUUGUAAGUCUGACUAUGAAAAGUUGUAGAGCAGCAAUGGCAUUUUUCAACAAUGCACAAGAAUGCAUGGAACAUAACCAAGAGAAAGAAGAAACCAGUCUUUCAGAAAUUGAAGCUUUUUACUUGCAGACAACCUUCAAUGAAGCCAAUAUUUUUACAAAUAUGACAAAUGUAUCAGAAAACAAACGUAGUUCUUGCCUCAUUGUCAGUCAGAAGCUGGAAGAAACCUUAAAACACAAUCUUAUGAUGAUGUCAGACCAACUACUUUGCAACGUUUCUGCUGAGACUAUACCUGUGGAAAUGCGAAUGCGUUGGACCAGUAUCCUGACUGGUGUCCUUGGCUGCUAUUGUUAUGCUGGCAUUCUUACAGAAGAAGAAGCAUGUAAAUUGGAUUUGUUUCAGAAAGCUAAGUUAUGUUUUAAUUAUGUGGAGGAAAGCAUUUCUCAGUCUAAAAACAAGCUAAAUGAAGAUUCUAGAAUUGUUUCAUUGAGGAAUUUAAUAUUGCAAUGCACAAGUUGCUUAUGCAACUGUACCCAGAAAAAUCCCAAAAAGAGUUUGUCUACUAUUUUCUUGCAUUUGUUAACAUCCAAGUUGAUGGAUGAUCUUACAAGUAUCUGCAAACUUAUGAUGUUUUCUACUGGAAAGUCAAGUGAAACUGGAGAAAUUGACUUAAUGGAUGAUUUCCCGGAUGAAAGUAGAAUGGAAGAGGGAACCCAAAUAGUCUUUGAUCUAUUUGAUGAUGAAUGUACUGAAGUUGGUGAAGUGAAUGAAGUUGGAGAUGUGCACACCUUAACAGGUGCCACAAGUCCAUUAUCAGAAGAACAUCUAUCUAAACAGGAUUUGCUUCUUCUUGAUAUUUUGAAGUUCUUGUGUAUAGCUUCCACAGCAACCACAAAACAAACAGUUCCCUUUAGAUGUUCCGAAAUUUGGAGGAAACUCUUAGUGCUAAUAGAUGGAGAUUCAUUUGAUUUUAUUAAACCUCUACAUUUACAUGUGUAUUUAGUCUUGUUGAAGGAACUUCCCAGAGGAGAAAAUCCCUUACCUGAAGAUUAUGUUGUCUCAUUAGUCAAGCUUCUACCGGAUAUAUGUUCCUUUUAUCGCCGGGAUCAAGAUGUUUGCGUAGCAAUAUUACAUAAUCUUCUUCCAAUGGUUAAUAUUUUGGGAACUUUCAGUAGAAAUUCUGAAGAUCUGAAAGAAGCCCGGUGUCAAGUCUUAACUGUUGUUGGAGCAUUUUGGCAUUUAGCAAAUGAAGGAAAAUGUUCAGUUCCUUUAAGAAUUGCUUUAGUGAAUUGUAUGACAGCCUUCCUUCAUGCUGACCCUGGUUUAAAGUGGGCUGUGCUUACAGUUAAAGGUGAAAAUCUACCUGUCAGAGAUGCCUUUCCUCAAUUCCUUGCAGAUAACAACUUUCAAGUUUGCACAAUUGCAGCUAAGUCAGCAAUCAGUUUGUUCCAAGAUGUGAAACUGAGAGAGACAACUGGUUUAGUGAAAGGUCUUCCUUUGACGUUCCAACAAAGAGCUUUUGAGAAUUUGUACAUCAAAGUUCAAGAAGGAGCAAAAACAUUGAUGAAGGCACAUGGUACAGGGAAUCAAGAAAGCCAUCCUGAUGACGAGCAUAACAGAAAAACAGUCCUACUCAUGUUAAUAACUAUGAUUUUGUACAGCAGUCCUGUGUGUGAGAAACAAGCAUUAUUUGCUAUUUUCCAGUGUAUUAAAGAGAAUGGAUUAGAUCCUCAGCUCGUAAGGAAGGUUUUAGAAAAUAUUUCUGGCUCUUUUGGCUAUAAAAAUACAGAAGAUUUAAUGAGCACCCAUUUAGAUUAUCUUGUAUUUGAGUGGUUAAACCUUGAUUACAGCUUGUCUGAUUUCCCAUAUGUUUUGCUAAAUUGCUCUACUUUGGAAGAGUUUUACAGGUCCUGUUAUAAAAUCUUGAUUCCACAACUAAUAAUUAGAGAUCAGUUUAAAGAGAUAAAAUCCAUUGCCAGCCACAUUGAAAUGGAAGAGCGUCCUCUUCUGGCGCAGUGCUUCCCCAAAAUCCUUGUCAACAUUCUUCCUUAUUUUGCCUACCAAAACCACGAAGAUAUUGAAUUCACACAAAAGAGCAAUACAGCUUCUAGAAUCUAUGACACGCUGAGAGAUGAAAAUUACUUAGGAAAGCAGCUGACAGACAGUUUAUUUCAAAGCAGCUUACCAGAAAUUGUGGUAGAGGUGUUGAUGACUCUACAUGAACCAAUCAAUAUCAAAUCAGAAGAGAAUUCUGACUUAUUUAAGUUUACAGGAGACCUGGAUCCUGCUCCAAAUCCUCCUUAUUUUCCAUCAUUUAUCAUCCAAGCUACAUUGGAUUACCUUAAUAGAUGUUUUAAAAUGAAGUCUAAUGGUAUUAUAGCAAUCCUUUCUAAGAACCCUGAGUCAUUCCACAAAAUUUUAUUUGCUGUAUGGAAGCAGGUGUCCGGAACAAAAAACAAUUAUAAAAAACAUAGAAUGCUUAUGAUAUAUCAUUUUUUUGUAAAUCUGCUGUUGAAAGAAAUAAAGGGUGGCCUAGGUGGUGCAUGGGCUUUUGUACUGCGGGAUGUGAUUUAUUCUAUGAUUCACCACAUCAGCAACAGGCCAAAUCCUCUGACAGGAGUAUCGCUCCGGAGCUUCUUGCUCUGUUGUGACCUUCUCAAUCAUGUUUGUCACACAGCAGUACAGUAUUGUGGGGAUGCCCUAGCAAGUCACCUCCAUGUUGUCGUGGGUACACUAAUACCAGUUGUUGGAGAACAACCUGAAACUGAAGAAAAGGUCUUGGGCUUAUUGAAGUAUCUAGUGAUAGAUAAUCAGAACCAUGAAUAUUUGUACCAAGCAAUCAAAUUAUUAGAUCCAUUUCCUGAUCAUCCCCAUUUUAAAGAACUGCGGGCCACUCAACAAAAAAUUAAAUACAGCACUGGAAAAUUUUCUCUUUUGCAGGAAAUUAACCAUUUCUUAUCAAUAAAUAUAUCUGAUUCACUGUUUUUAACAAGACUUGAAGGUCUAAAUGAACUGCAUAAACAACUAGAAGUUCGUAAAGAACAAAUAAUGGAACUUAUGAAAAAAUUUCAGGAAAAUCCAAGGGACUGCAUUAUAGUGAAGCUGAUGGCAUAUCUGUUACAACUCUCAAAAACAACUGUACAUUCUACUGAUGCUAUCUUGGGUUCAUGCUGAUUUCUGUCAAACUGUCCUUCCUUAUUUAAUUCAUGACAUCUUACUACAUGACUCAAAUGAAUCUGGACACAAUCUUCUGUCUGCACAACUUCAAACGUUUUUCAUGACCUGUUGCAAACACUCGUCAUCCAGUAGAUCAUCUACACCUGCAAAUUCAGAUUCAGAUUCAGAAACUCUAGUUCAUUUGGAUAAAAUAUCUCGAAGAACAAUGCUUGCUGUGGUUGACUACUUAAGACAUCAAAAAAAGAAUCCUUCCAGUACCAUCUUUGAUGACAGCUUCUGGCUGGAGUUAAGCUAUCUGCAGGUUGCCAUGGUAGCCCAGUCUUGUUCUGCUCACUUCACAGCUUUGCUCUAUGCAGAAAUCUAUGCAGACAAGAUAGGCAGACAACAGGAAAGGUCUGUUUCCAAAGCAGCUAAGAAACUAACAUUUGAAGAAGGAAGUCAGGAUUCAACACUUACUUGUUUAAGUGAGAAGAGUAAAGAAGAAACAGGAAUAAGUUUGCAGGACCUUCUUAUGGAUAUAUACAGAAGCAUAGGAGAGCCAGAUAGUCUCUAUGGCUGUGGUGGAGGAAAAAUGCUGCAGCCAUUGGCCAGGAUAAGAACCUAUGAACAUGAAGGGAUGUGGGGGAAAGCUCUGGUAACCUAUGACCUUCAAACCAGCCUUCCACCUUCAAUUCGACAGGCUGGAUUGGUACAGGCUUUGCAGAACUAUGGGCUAUGUAAUACACUCUCCAUCUACUUAAAAGGAUUGGAACAGCAGAAUGAAGAAAGUUCCAUAGAAUUACAGGAGAUUCGUUACCAGGCAGCUUGGAGAAAUAUGCAGUGGGAUCAGAUCUCCUCAGUCAAAGAUGAAAUAGAGCAACGAGGCUAUCAUGAAUCACUGUAUGAUGCUCUACAAUGUCUACGGGACAGAGAUUUCUCUACCUUUUAUGGAAGAUUGAAGUGUGCCAGAAUCAAAGAAGUAGAAGAACUACUGAAAGGCAGCCUUGAGUCUGUAUAUUCAUUACUGCCUACACUCUGUAGGCUGCAGACAAUUGGAGAGCUGGAAUAUGUAGGACAACUUUUCUCUGGGUCGGAAACUAAUAACCAAUUGCAUAAUUUGCAUCUGAAGUGGCAGAAGCAGUCCCAACUUCUUCAGGAUAGUGACUUUGCUUUCCAAGAGCCUAUUAUGGCUUUGCGUACAGUAAUUUUCAAGCUUCUUCUGGAGAAAGAAAAUGAGAAUGACCAAAGGGAUUGCAUUAAAAACAUUCUCACUGAACAUCUUGUGGAACUAUCCAAAUUGGCUCGAAUGGCAAAUAAUUCACAGCUUCCAGAAAGAGCAAUAUAUGAAGUUAAACAGUACAGUCUAACCAGACAUGGAGUAUCAGAAUGGAAAUUGGAAGAAGCUCAGGUGUUCUGGGCUAAAAAGGAAGAAAGCUUAGCACUGAGUAUUCUAAAAGACAUGAUCAAGAAAUUGGAUGAAAAUUGGAUUGAGGUUGAGAAAGACCCACAUCUGAAAUUAAUUUACACAGAAUGCUUGAGGUUAUGUGGAAGUUGGUUAGCAGAGACCUUUUUAGAAAAUCCUACCAUCAUUAUGCAGAACUACUUGGAAAAGGCAGUUAAAAUUGCUGGGAAUCACAACGAUGACAGCAGCGAUGAGCUGAAGAGAGGAAAGAUGAAGGCUUUUCUCUCUUUGGCUCGCUUUUCGGAUACUGAGUAUCAAAGAAUUGAGGAUCGUAUGAAAUCAUCAGAGUUUGAAAAUAAGCAAGCUUUGUUGAAGAAAGCCAAGAAUGAAGUUGUCCUUUUAAGGGAGCAUAAAGUUCAGACUAAUCGAUAUACUGUGAAAGUUCAGAGGGAGCUGGAACUAGAUGAAUGUGCAAUUCGCGCGCUGGAAGAAGAUCGCAAGCGUUUCUUACGCAAAGCAGUUGAGAACUACAUUAUGUGUUUAUUGAGUGGAGAAGAGCAUGACAUGUGGAUCUUCCGUCUCUGUUCUCUCUGGCUUGAGAAUGCUGGACUUUCUGAAGUCAAUGCAAUGAUUCAGAAGGAGGCCCAGAAAAUCCCAUCCUACAAAUUCUUGCCACUGAUGUACCAGCUGGCUGCUCGAAUGGGAACCAGGAUGAAUAAAUUUCAUGAGAUUUUGAAUAAUCUUAUAGCAAGAAUUUCUCUUGACCAUCCACAUCACACUUUGUUUAUAAUUUUGGCAUUGGCUAAUGCCAACAAAGAUGAACUCCUGACCAAGCCAGAAGUGACUAGAAGUGGUGGACUAAUAAAAAAUGUGCCAAAAGAAACAUCUCCUCUUGACAUGGAUCGAAUGAAGGCUGCUAGCAGUAUAAUUAACAUUGUAAAACGGAAAAGACCUGAUAUGGUGUUAAAGGUUGAAGCCCUUUGUGAUGCUUAUAUUACUUUGGCAAACAUGGAUGCAACUCCCUGGAAAACCCACAGAAGAGCCAUAAAUAUUCCUUCCGAUCAACCUCUAAUUAAGUUAAAAAAUCUAGAGGAUGUUGCUGUACCUACCAUGGAAAUAAAGGUGGAUCCUAGUGGCAAAUAUGAAAAUUUGAUUACAAUAAGAUCAUUCAAAGCAGAAUUUCGCCUAGCAGGCGGGGUCAAUCUACCCAAAAUAAUAGAUUGUGUUGGAUCAGAUGGACAACAGAGAAGGCAGCUUGUGAAGGGACGUGACGAUCUGAGACAGGAUGCUGUUAUGCAACAGGUUUUCCAGAUGUGCAAUACUCUGCUACAGCAAGAUGCUGACACCAGAAAAAGAAAACUGACCAUCCGCAGAUACAAGGUUGUUCCCCUUUCUCAGAGAAGUGGCGUCUUAGAGUGGUGCACUGGCACAAUUCCUUUGGGUGAAUUCCUCAUCAAUACUGACAGCAGUGCUCACAAACGCUAUAGACCACAAGACUACAGUAGCUUAGAGUGCCAAAAGAAAAUGUUGGAUGCACAAAAGAAAGAUUUUGAAGAAAAAUAUACUCUUUUCAUGGAUAUAUGCCAGCAUUUUCAACCUGUGUUUCGCUAUUUCUGUAUGGAAAGAUUUUUGGAUCCAGCGGUAUGGUUUGAGAAAAGGUUGGCAUACACUCGAAGUGUUGCCACUUCAUCUAUAGUUGGCUACAUACUUGGUCUCGGAGACAGGCAUGUACAGAAUAUUCUGUUAGAUGAAGAAAGUGCAGAACUUGUACAUAUUGAUCUAGGUGUUGCCUUCGAGCAGGGCAAAAUCCUUCCUACUCCAGAGACUGUACCUUUUAGGCUAACAAGAGACAUAGUUGAUGGCAUGGGCAUUGCUGGUGUUGAGGGGGUCUUCAGGAGAUGCUGUGAAAAAACUAUGAAUGUUAUGAGAAAUUCUCAAGAAGCCCUGCUAACUAUUGUAGAAGUGCUUCUAUAUGACCCUCUUUUUGACUGGACCAUGAAUCCUCUGAAAGCUCUAUCUCUGCAGCAAAGGUCAGAAGAUGAAGCUGAUGUCAGCUCCAACUUCAGUAGUGCUAAUCAAGGAUGUAGCAAAAAAGCAAAUAAUGAAAACCAGUUAUUUAAUAAAGUGGCAGAGCGUGUUUUGAUCCGACUUCAGGAGAAACUUAAAGGAAUGGAAGAAGGUACAGUGCUCAGCGUGGCCGGCCAGGUGAACUUCCUCAUACAGCAAGCCAUGGACCCCAAAAAUCUUAGCCGCCUCUUCCCGGGAUGGAAAUCAUGGGUAUAAAUAUAUACUAUAAGUAAAUAAGACAUGACCUCCAGAAGUGGUUACAAACAUUUUAAUGGCUCCUGAGGAAGGUAGAAUUAAUAUUAUAUUAAAAAUAUUACAUGGAAAACGUUGAAUCGAAAAGCGUUACUCCAUUGCAAUUAUUCCAAUGUGAUGAAAGCAAUAUUAGUGUUACACUCUAAGUCCUGUCCCUGUUAUAGAUAGGUAGGUAGGUAGGUAGAUAGGUAGGUAGGUAGGUAGGUAGGUAGGUAGGU